AUGCUGCAAGCCACCGCGAACAGUAAUCGCUUGCUCAUUGAGGCCGAAAAGAUUGCCCGUGACUUUGAGCUCGAUGCGCUCAAUAUUGCGCGCACAACUCAGAGUCUACAUGAAUGGCUACAAACGGAAUUGCGACACAAUGGAUCAGCACAGAUUCCCACCUUUGUGUCCAAAGUUCCAGAUGGCACCGAGAAAGGCAUAUACUUGGCUGUCGACCUCGGGGGCACCAAUUGCAGAGUCAGCCUCAUCCAUCUCCAUGGCGACGCAACCUACACCAUCACACAGGCCAAGGAUACUAUCCCUAAGGAGCUCAUGGUCAACUCCAGCCAUGAGCCUCUGUUCGACUUUAUAGCAGGCAAUAUUGCCAGAUUUAUGGAGGAUCAUGCCGAAGAGAUGACGCACGUUGAGAUCAAUUCAAAUCCUCAACCAACUCAAGGCCACUAUUUCAAGCUCGGGUUCACCUUCAGUUUUACUUUCACCAACACUUGCCUCGAAAGGGGAACUCUUCUCCAGUGGGAUAAAGGUUGGGAUAUUCCCGACGCUCUCGGGAAAGACCCCAGCCAGAUGCUACAGAGCGCCAUCGACAGACUGAGUCUGCCCGUCCGCGUGGCAGCAAUCACCAGCGACAGCGUAGGCACUCUGCUGGCUCGUUCAUACAGCUCCCUGUGGCGAUCAUCGACUCUCUUGGGCGCUAUCUUUGGAACCGGGACAAACGCUGCAUAUGUCGAGCGACGUGAGAAUGUGCUGAAACUGGCUGGUAGCUCUACUGGCGCCAGAGCCGAUACUGCGCCGGGGCAGGAGCUCAUGGUGAUCAACACCGAGUGGGGAGGAUGGUGCGACGACGAGCCAGCGGCGCUGGGAACGGUUGUUCAAUUCGAUACGCUGCUUGAUCAGUCCUCAUCUAAUCCCACAAAACAGUUACUUGAGAAGCGUGUUUCAGGUCUCUACCUUGGGGAGAUCGUGCGGCUGGUUAUUCUGCACCUCUUGGACCAAGGCUUAUUUGAUAUGAAACCCAACGAACCGUCCUCGCCUGUCUUUAUUCCUUAUGGCAUCGACACGUCCUUUCUUGCUCGGCUGGCCGAUGAUCCUGAUGAGGUUUAUGAAGCCGCGAAACAAACCAUAGCUCGCUAUGCUGGUGUCACACAGGUAUCGAUCAAUGAUGCGCGCGCAGUAAGGCUAAUAGCCAAGGCGGUGGUUCAACGAUCAGGUCGUCUAGCUGGCGCGGCCAUGGCGGCCAUCAUCCUUCAAUCCGGCAGGCUAUCAUCUUCAUGUAAUAGAUGCACGACGAAAGUCAAAGGCAGCUCCGAUGUUGUCUCACAGGAUGAGGACAUUGAACGUUCGACUCGGACAAGGAUGCAUAAUAAGCCUCGAAACCUUUGUGCGCUGGUGACCGCACUUUUCAAUGGUAUCGCACACCGUAUCAGAAGCCUUUACACAAAACCCCUUGAUUAUUCUUCACAAGCCACCGAGUCCAUCUUCUCGCCAUCAUCCGAUACUGCAGAUACUCCGCAGGUGGUUGAUAUCGGGGUAGAAGGCUCACUCUUCGAGUCGUACCCUAACUUUGAACACUAUAUUCGGGGAGCCCUUCGGGACAUCCCGGGUAUUGGAGUGGAAGGGGAAAAGCUCAUUAGUAUUGGGGUAGCGGAUCACGGCUCCAGUCUAGGAGCUGCAUUGGCCGCGCAGUCAGCUGGCUGA